AUGGACCCAGAGAAAGACGGAGCGCCCGCAGGACCGACCGCUGUUCAAUCUGCGAGCGUGGCGACGUCGCCGCUGCCACCUCCCGCCCUAGCGGCCGCCUCCAGCAAGCGCUGCGCCUCCACGCAGGCCCAGUGGCCGGCAGACGUCUGCCACAAGUGCCAGUCCCAGCUGGGACCCACAGGUGAAGGUGUCGGCGUGCGUGCCAAGAUUCAGGUGAGCCCGACGCCAGCGGCCGCGGCCGGAGACGCGUCGGAGUCGAGCAGCGAGACGAGCGACACUUCGGAGGACUCUUCGAAGGCGACGUCGCUGCUCAACGAGAGCGACGCGCGCUGUUACGGCGAUUUCCUCAACGAGGACGCCUGGUUGGACCGCAUGCUCGAGCAGCUGGGGCUGCCCAGGCCUGACUACAACGAGGGCCCCGUGUCCAUGACAACCUCUUCGGCGGCGGCCGGUGGCGCGGGCCCCGCGGGAGGCACCGCCGCCGCGGGAACCGUGGUCCAGCGCGAAGCAGGCGGUCCCAGCGACGUGGACAAGGAGAUGACCGACAUGAUGGCCGAGGAGUGCUACCACAAGGAGUUACGCGACGUGCUCUGGACCAUCGUGUCGCUCAAGCUGGACGACAUGCGACUCGCGACGUCCCAGAUGCGCGCCGCCUGGAAGUCCUACGUCCGUAACACCAAGAUCGUCGACGACAUGCUUCAGAACAAGGACCGCGCGGUCAGGGCGCUCAAGGAGCAGCUCGUCCAUCUCAAGCUGGAGAACAAGAGCCUCCGGGAGCGGAUAUCCGAGAGCCCCGACGAGCUCUGA